CCUCCAGCCCCAGCCCCUGGUGAUGGGAAUCAAGAAGAUAAAAGCCGAACCUUCCGGUGCUUGAACACUGCAGUCACAGCUCCCUUCUGCCCCCAUAAGUGCCCAUGGCAGAAGCUGGCUGGACCAUGAAGUGGACUCUGGGCUUGAGCCUCACCCUGUGCCUGGUAGACCAGAUGGCCUUAGGGGCUUUGCACACCAACGAACCUCUUGUGGUCACCAAACAUGGGAUCCUACAAGGAAAGCAAACACAUGUGGGAAACAUAACCAUCCAAGUCUUCCUGGGAGUCCCCUUCUCCAAACCUCCCGUGGGUGCCCGCAGGUUUGCUCCUCCGGAGCCCCUGCAGCCCUGGAACGGCAUCAGAGAUGCCACCACCUACCCACCUUCGUGCCUUCAGGAAACCUGGGGCCAGAUAACUUCCAUGUACUUAAACACGCGGAAACAGUAUGAGUGGCUGCACUUCAGUGAGGACUGUCUCUACAUGAACGUUUAUGCUCCAGUGCUCGCGCCUGGGGACCCGCUGCUGCCGGUGAUGGUUUGGUUCCCUGGAGGCGCCUUCCUCGUCGGCUCUGCUUCCACCUACGAAGGCUCAGAGUUGGCCGCCCGCGAGAAAGUGGUGCUGGUGUUUUUGCAGUACAGGCUGGGCAUCCUGGGCUUCUUCAGCACGGGCGACAGCCACGCCCGCGGGAACUGGGGGCUGCUAGACCAGAUAGCGGCUCUGCACUGGGUUCAGGAGAACAUCGAGACCUUUGGAGGAGACCCGGACAGUGUAACACUAUUUGGCCAGUCGGCGGGAGCCAUGAGCGUCUCAGGACUGCUGAUGUCACCCCUAGCCCAAGGUCUAUUCCAUCGGGCCAUUUCCCAGAGUGGCACUGCGAUACUGAAAGCCUUCAUCACCCCUGAUCCAUUGAAGGCAGCCAAGAAGAUUGCUGACAUGGCUGGCUGCAACCACAAUAACACAAGGAUCAUGGUAGAGUGUCUGAGGGCUCUAUCAGAGGAUGAAAUGAUGCAUGUUUCCAAGAGGAUGGCAUUUUUUCAUGCCAACCUCCAGAAAGAUCCAAAAGAUAUUAUAUGGUUCCUGAGCCCUGUGGUGGAUGGUGUGGUGUUCCCAGAGGACCCUGUGGUGCUCCUGACCCGCGGGCAGGUUAUACCUGUGCCCUACCUUCUAGGUGUCAACAGCAUGGAGUUCCAGUGGACCUUGCCUUUUCUCAUGAAGCUCCAGCUAACUCAGCGUGCAAUGAACAAAAGAUACUUCACUAAAAUGCUCUGGAGUUCCAGCACCCUUCUGAAUAUCACGAAGGAACAGGUCCCACUGGUGGUGAAGGAGUACGUGAAUGACGCUGCCGAUAAGCUUGACUGGAAGACAGUCCGAAACCACCUGAUAGACCUAGUUGGAGAUGCUACCUUUGUGUACACCACACUUCAAGCCGCACGCUACCACCGGGAUGCUGGUUUCCCUGUCUAUCUGUACGAGUUCAAGCACCAUGCUCCUUCACACAUAAUUAUCAAACCUCGACAUGAUGGGGCAGACCACGGAGACGAGCUUUCCUAUAUCUUCGGAAGCCCUUUCUCCAAAGGCUCAUCCACUGGUGAGGAAAAGGAAUUCAGUCUCCAGAUGAUGAAAUACUGGGCCAACUUUGCCCGCACUGGGGACCCCAAUGGCAGAAAGCUGCCCUACUGGCCACGCUUUGACAAGGAUGAAAAGUACCUGCAGUUGGAUUUCGAUACAAGCAUCGGUGUGAAGCUCAAAGAGAAAAAGAUGGCUUUCUGGAGAAGGCUGCGCCAGCCUCAGGGAACCUAGAAGCAGCAGCUACACUGAGAGUGGCCAAGCAAGAGGGAACUAUCCUACCGUCCUGCCUCAAGGAGAUUGGCCCCGAUACAUAUGAGGACAGCAGUCCUAUCCAUUGAAUGUAGGACCUGUAGAAGCCCGCAGCUGCCUUCAGGCUAUAGCUGGAGCCCUAGCCCAUGGUUUGGGGCUUAGCACCACCUGUCCAGCCUGACAUCCCGUGACACUCCGUUUCUCACCGUCUAAACCAGGCCAGGGCCUUUGAUCACACUGUGCUGUGCUCUCCCAACCUCAGCCUCAGGAUAAUCUCUUCUCUCCCCUUUCCAAGUCCUCUUACCCUUUAUGAUGUAUUUGCAGCCCCCUCUUACGCAAAGUUCACACAGCUGUCACUUUCUGUCAUUGCACCCUGCUAUCAUUGAUCAUCUAUCCUUUUUAGCCUGCCUGCUCUGCUGGCCUUGAGGCCCCAAACAAUCUAUUCAUUACAAGGCGCAAAACUUUGAUGACUUGGUGUCUGUUCACCUACCCACACUCAUCUCCAA